UGUAUCCAGUCCUUGCUCAAGCUGGACUUCAAAUCUUUCUCGAAGGUCCGAAAAGUCCAGCUCAUCCUCAUCGAACUCAUCGUCCUCCGGGUCUGGGAGAUGAUCAAAGCUCGGCGCCAUGAUUGCGGCUACUUUUACUCAGGUCUUCCUGGCUGUCUUUUGUAUCGCGCUUAGUGCUGUGCUGUUGUGCCGUCGUAGAAUAUUUCAGAUGUUUUGUGGGGGCGCUGAUAGAUUUUCACCCCACCUCGCUGCGUUUUGGUUGUUGAAAGCGGGUUUAGACGCUUUGGACGACAAAAACGAGCGGCAGAGACAAAGGUGAUAUCACUGCGAAUAGCUGCAGUAGAGAGGAAAGGAACGGAGACUGGCGAUCGUUGUCUUUCCGCGAUGCAGAUUCAACGAACCUCG